AUGCAUUCAACCGCGUACUUGAAUCCACCGACCGAAAUCGGCUGUCCUAUUCCAGCCUAUUCUCCACAUGCCAUUUCCGUAACCCUGCCUACUUGGCAAGACAAUGUUGACUAUGAGGAGGCUCGUGAAAGAGUUGUAAGUCGCAUGUCAAGUGGACCAGAUACGCCUACCGUUUCGACGUGUGCACGUCUUGCUGAACUCUCGGUUUUACCUCCUGAACAAAAAAAUAAUUUGCUUCGAGAGGGUGUCACCCUACACGUAGUUUUAUUUCCCAAGGAUGCAUUCCCCGUUGCAAAACUGUUUUGGCAACACACUGGUGAUGGCAUCUCCUCAAGAUUGGCAGAAUAUGCUCUCUGUUUGAUGCAAGCAAAACAAAAUGAACAUCAUAUUGAGAUUUUUGUGAAAUCCGUAGUCAGGAGUUCGUCUUUCAAGAAACGCUACGCAAAUCCGCAAUUAUCAACUACUCUAAAUUCGUAUAAUAAUUCUAAACAAAUUUCGCCUACCGACACAACCUUUUCCGAAAACUCGGAAGUAGUUGACGAGAGAAAUUACGUAGAAGAACGUUAUGGGCGUAAUCUACCCAUAUCACUUGCUGACAAGGCUAAAAUUGCAUUGAAACGCAGAAUAGCUGGCGUUCUUGGUGCUGAACGAUGCCUGGAGGAAGUGAUUUCAGGGCCUAUUGAACCAGCUGAUGUCAACGAGCGUGGUGUGAAGGGAAUCACUGAGAAUGAUGUGUACCUUUUCCCAACUGGGUGUCAUUUCUUUGGUCAUGGCUCACCCGAGGACAUAGAUUCAAUUGAAAGGCUUCUGAUAUCUGGCGAACGAAUUUUGGCUCUAUUCUGCGAGUUUCCAUCAAACCCUCUUUGUAAAUCUCCCGAUUUAAAACGUCUCAGGACAUUGGCCGAUAAAUAUGACUUCCUAAUUGUAGUCGAUGAGACAAUUGGUAAUUUUGUUAAUGUAAAAGUUUUAGAAUGGGCUGAUAUCAUGGUGUCCAGUCUGACCAAAAUAUUUAGUGGCGAAGUUAAUGUUAUGGGAGGAGGCCUGGUUCUAAAUCCUCGACGGCGCCACUAUGACACAUUAAAAAAAUUUAUUCAAAAAGAGUACGAAGACCUUUUAUGGAGGGAGGAUGCAAUAGUUCUUGAACGUAACUCGAGAACAUUCUGCGAACGCAUCUACAAGGUCAAUGAAAAUACUGAGAAGGUGUGCGAUUUUCUCUGUAAAAGUCCUAAAGUGAAAAAAGUAUAUUAUCCGAAAUAUAUAGAUCCGGAAAUUUACCUUCAAUACAAGACAACGAAGGGAGGUUAUGGUGGACUAUUUUCCGUCACAUUUCACUCAGAUCUGGCGUCUCGGCAAUUUUUCGAUGCGCUGCAAGUCGCAAAAGGGCCAUCUUUGGGAACGAACGUUACAUUAGCAUGUCCAUACACCAUAUUAGCACAUUAUUUUGAACUAGAUUGGGCAUUGAGUUAUGGAGUCGAGUUCGGACUUGUAAGAGUUAGUAUUGGAUUAGAAGACAUUGAAAGUUUAUUGAAAGUAUUUCAGGAAGGGCUGGAUGCUAUUUGCGAGUGA